AUGAUCAAUCGUUUGGAUCAGCCAGUCCCGCCUGUCACUUCCAGUGAUACAAAGGAUAUGUCCAAAGUUGACAUCAAAGAUGCCGAUGAUACCCUCCAGGCACUAGAGACCUACCAGUCUCGACUGGGUAUGCCUUUGUCUCCCGAAGACGACCGUCGCAUACUUCGCAAAAUUGACAUCUGCUUAAUUCCCUUUCUUUUCCUCUCGUACCUGUUUCAGUAUCUCGACAAACAGGCUAUGGGAUAUAGCGCCAUUCUGGGCCUCCGAACAGACAUGCAUCUUGUGGGCCAAGACUAUUCUUGGGCAUCUAGUCUAUUUUACUUUGGAUAUCUGGUUGCCUCGGGAAUUGUGGCCUUGUUGAUUAUUCGUCUGCCUGUUGGCCGCUUCAUGUCGGCAGCUAUGGGACUUUGGGCGGCUAUCCUCAUGUUGACUGUCUUGUGCAAAAAUUCCCAUGGUUUGUGGGCCGCGCGCUUCUUCCUGGGAUUCGUUGAGGCGAGUAUCGCUCCUUCUAUGAGUCUUAUUAUAUCUAUGUGGUAUAAGCGAUCCGAGCAGCCCCUUCGCCAAAGUGCAUGGUUUAUGGGCAACGUUAUCGGAGGUCUGGUUGGUGGUCUGCUGGGAUACGGCGUCGGGCACAUAAAUGGCAUUGCAGCAUGGAAGGCCCUCUUUAUCCUUUUUUGGGGCAUUACCUUGGUUUGGUCGGUGAUUUGCUGGUUCGCAAUUCCCGACAGCCCCAUGGGCGCAUGGUUUCUUCCAAUUGAAGACCAAGUCAAAGCCGUGGAGCGUGUCCAGGAUAACCUAACUGGGAUUAAAAGUCAUCAUAUCAAGCGAUAUCAAGUUAUCGAAGCUCUGCUGGACCCAAAGACUUGGAUUCUUGCAAUGUUCCAGUUCACGCAAAACGUGCCCAAUGGCGGCGUUGGUUCAUUUGCCUCUAUUGUCGUCGAAGGGUUCGGCUUCACCACACUCGAUACUCUUCUUGUCCAAAUGAUUGGCACCGGAUUCCAAAUCGUUUUCGUCGUAGUGUCUGCCAUCGGCAGCACCUAUCUGAAAAACACUCGUACAUAUUGGAUGACAUUCAAUACUAUAAUGGCUCUGAUUGGCACAGUCAUGAUUCGACAGAUCAAUCCCGAGCACAUUUGGUCUCGCUUCAUGGGGUACUGUCUUAUCAUUGCUUUCUCGGCCAAUUUUCCUCUUACAAUGUCAAUGAUCACAAGUAACACAGCGGGAUUCACCAAGAAAUCAACUGUCACAGCAGUCGUUUUCAUCGCAUACUGCGCCGGAAAUAUUGUCGGACCGCAGAUCAUGUUCGCUCGAGAAGCGCCCAGCUAUCCUUCUGGAUUUGCGGGAAUGGUUGUUUGCUUUGCUUGCUCUGCAGUUCUCAUUAUAUUACUACGAUUCUAUUGCAUCUGGGAGAACAAGAAGCGAGACAACAUUCCCGAGGAAGGUUUCGAGGAAGACGGUGACCCUGUAGCCCUGGCUUCCCUGAACCUGAUGGAUAAGACAGACAGGGAGAUACAUCAAUUUAGAUAUGUAUACUAG